CAUACACAGACGAAGAGCAACAGCUGCAGCAGUAAGAGCAGCAGGUUUUACUAGAAGGAGGCAGCCCAGCAUCCAGGGCGCACUUGUGGGUUAAAGAGAAGGUUACAGCUCUGAACCUUCACUGAUUUAUUUUUCUACCAGGACUGAAGACACGUUAUCAGGAUGGCGGCAGCUUCGACAGAUUCGGGGCAAGGGUCCAUCAGAAUAACUCCUGAAGUGCUGCAAGAGAUGCUCCAGUACUACAACCUGAGCCGCCAGGAGUUUAUCAACACUUACAACAUCGAGCCCCUUAUCUACAUCCCCGAGUUACCGUACAGCGCUAAAACCACCUUCGUGAUCAUGUACGUGGUCAUUUUCGUCCUGGCUCUGGCUGGAAAUAGUUUGGUCAUAUACAUAAUUGUAAAGAAACGAGCGAUACAGACGGCGACAGAUAUUUUUAUUUGCUCUCUGGCUGUCAGCGACCUGCUCAUCACUUUCUUCUGCAUACCUUUCACUUUGCUGCAGAACAUCUCUUCUGAAUGGUUCGGGGGAGUUCUGGUUUGCAAGACAGUUCCCUUUGUACAGACCACAGCCAUAGUGACAGGCAUCCUCACUAUGACCUGCAUUGCCAUUGAGAGGUACCAGGGCAUUGUCUUCCCGCUGAAAAUGAGGAGGCAGUACUCGUCCAAAAGAGCAUACAAAAUGCUAGGGCUUGUAUGGAUUACCUCAGUGAUAGUGGGUUCACCAAUGCUGUUUGUGCAACAGCUGGAGGUGAAAUAUGACUUCUUGUAUGAUAAUUACCACGUGUGCUGUCAGGAAAGUUGGCACUCUCUGACUCACAGGCAGGCGUACACCACCUUCAUUAUGGUGGCUCUUUUCCUGCUCCCUUUGGCAGCCAUGCUGUUCCUCUACACGCGAAUUGGCAUUGAGUUGUGGAUCCGCAACAGGGUGGGCGACUCCUCAGUCCUCAACACGAUGAACCACAGGGAGAUCAACAAGAUCUCAAAAAAAAAGAAAAGAGCCGUUAAAAUGAUGGUCACCAUUGUUUUGUUAUUCACCAUUUGCUGGGCACCAUUCCACACAGUUCACAUGCUGUUUGAGUACUAUGACCUAGAGAAGAAAUAUGAUGGAGUCAAACUUAACAUGAUCAUCGCCAUUGUUCAGGCCAUUGGGUUCUUCAACAGCUUCAACAAUCCCAUCGUGUACGCUUUCAUGAACGAGAACUUCAAGAAAAGCUGCGUCUCUACCCUCUCCCACUGCAUCAGAAAACCUAAUCCUCAGGGUGACGUCGUGGUGGCGCCCAAACUGACCGUGCAGUUCAUCAAACCCCAAAGCAGGGAAGCCUUCCUGGAGUCAGACGAAGGCAAUAGCUCAAAGCAACACUCAGCAGAGAAAGGCCCUUCAAGUUCAUCACAUGGGGAGAGCUCCCUUGAAAUAAUUGGAGAAAAAAUCUCCACCAUCCAAACAGAGCUCCCUGUAAACAGCUCCUCUCAAAUCAAAUGAAAAUGAAGUGACUCAAAGUUCAGGUGAACUGUUGAACCCUCCUGUUUGCUCGCUAUCACCGGCACAUGAUAACAGAGGCUGCAGGUGCAUCAGAUGUGAUUGUAAGUCUCACAGCUGUGGUUCAUACAUUCAAAAAAAUCCAGCUUUAAAAAAAAAAAAAAAAAAAAACUGCAGUGCAUUGUUUUUCCACUCUAGUCAAAUAAUUUCUGUUUAGAUGUUUCUCACAACUGCAGGAUGUUCAGCCUCUCACAGUGAGCAUUUAAUGAUGUACUGGAGGGAGCCAUGAUCAGUGUGUCAUCGCAAAUGAGCACAAACUGUUACCACUGUGGCAUUUAUAGUACAUCAGGAACUGUUUGGAAAAGACAACAGAGGUCAUUUGACUUAACACAGCCAUGAUUUUAGCAACAAAGGACAACUCAACUUUUACUGCACUGCUAAUAUUUGCUUCGGUUCAACUCUGCUAUUCAGCAUGAUACUCACUUCAGUUCAAGUUAAUUAAGUUGUAAACUUUUAUUUUAGUAAGGUGACACAAAUUGUUCUGGUCUUUAGCCUCUUGCUGGUCUUUAGCCUCUCAUCUAAUGGAAAACUGCCAGACUGAACAGUUGGAUCAACAGCCAUGCAAGCACAGCCCUUGUACAGUUUUUUAAAAGGUGAAGGUUGGCAUAGAGGAGUUAAAUCAUUCAUCCUCUUUUGGACCAAACCCAAUGGCAUAGAAACCACGUGUCACUAUUUUGAUGUUAGAGUUGACAGCUGACGUGUUUAGAUAAGUUAGAUAUGAGACCAAUUUUUGAAUGACCCUGGUUCAUUCAAUCGUGAUAAAAUGAGUCGCAGCAGUCUGCAGCCUGAACCUUUAAAUCGGGGCUCUGGUGUCACAUACAGUAUAUACACAGAAGCACAAGGGAUAAAAUUGAUUUUGCUAUUAACAUGUUUGCUUAAUAGUGCUUUGAUUAUUUGUAAUGAUGAUGUCUAAAUUCAACCUAAGUGGAUUUUAUUAGGUUUUGGUGUAUAAUUAACGUUUGCUACAUGUUCUGUGAUAUGUUUGGUAAUGACAGCUUUGCUUUUAUUCACAGUUCUGUGCAGAUCCUGCACUGAAAACAAAUCAUCAUUCAUUUAAAACACUUGCUUCUUUUCUUUUCUUUUUAUAAUGCAGUUCAGUGGAUGAGAAUGUUUGUAGGCUCUAUUCUUGGCUCGUGUUGCUCAAGUAUUGUCCUUUGGCAAGUGGCAUUUCUCAAGAGAUUGUGCUCUGUCCCACAUGCAAGAGCAGGAUUUUGUCACCAGUGAGAUAAAAAAAAUUUACAUUAAAUGAAAAGAUCUAUUACAACUUGUUUCUUUCUUUCAAAUGAGGCCUUUAAGAAAUUACAGACUAAUUUACUCAAAAAUAUAACAACAGUACGAAUAGGUAAAUAACGCAAAUAAUGUAUGUAAACUCUGAAUUAAACUGACAGUUCUUAAGUUCUCAGCAGUGUAGAAAAGUAUUCAGUUUACUUAACAGUACAAGUACCAAUACAGCAAUGUAGAAAUAAUCAAUUUCAACUAAAAGUCCUGCAAGAAAAAUUCUAUUUCAGUAAUAGUACAUAAAUAUAGGCAGCAGUAUUAAAGUAAAAGUACUAGUUUGAGCUCUCUGACCUCUGAUGCAUUAUAAAUUAUAUACAUUAUAUAUGACAUCAUUAGAUCAUUAACACUGAAGCAUUAGUAUGUCAGCAAUAUAUUACUGUUGUAGCUGCUGGAAGUGGAGCUAGUUUGAACAAUGAACAAGUCAAUUUAAUGUACAGUUUUAAUAGAGGCUCACCAGAUAAAUCUGAGGGGUCAUAAGAUGAUUAAUGAGUGAGGAACAAAAGUUCUGGUUCACAAAUCUGUUUUCAGUU